UAUGUUUUUGAUGAUUUUAGUUUGAAAUUAAAAGGCGAAACGAAAACAACGUUCAGAAAGUAUCACAUUUUACUACUUCAAAAAUUUCAUUAUAAUGAAAUUCUCCAAAAUCUCUGCGAUUUUGUUGGCAAUUUUUAUCAUUGGUGCGGAAGCCACCCGGGUAAGACGCCAGGAUGUUGCUGACGCCAAUGAUGGCGACAGCAAUGCCAUCGAUGAUGUUGUGGCUGCCGAAGAUGGCGAUACCAGCGAAGUCAUCCUUGUCGAUGACAACUUGGACAAUGGUGACGAUGAGAUCCGAGAUUUAAAAACGGUGGCCAUCAAAUCCCGCGUCAUAACCUUGGAUCGCGAAUUGUGUCGCGAGCAAUCGCGCUAUCAUCCCCACUAUCCCAAAUGCCAGUUGUACUGUGAGAAUCUCAAGCACUGGAUGGGUAUGUGUCGUCGCGAUACUUGCCAUUGUUAUUCGUAAUUUGCGCAUGCAACGCUUGGGGAAGCAGACAGAAAUUUGUAUAUAAGAAAAAGAUACCCGCCGGAGCAUGAAGGCUUUCUGUGAAUGAAUUACUUAAAAAACGUAUUUGUGUUUAUCUUUAAUUUGCGUGUAUGAUAAUUGUCCCAUGCUAUGUAAAGUGGGAGAGAUGUAAAACAAAAAAAAAUAAUAAAAUGUAUUCAAUGAA